CCGGCUGUGAGCGCGGGGGGGCGGCGCGGGCCGGGCAGCAGAGCCGGUGCGUGCGGGCGGCGGCGGGGAGCCGUGCGGGGCCCGGGCCGGGGCCGGCAGCCACAGCGGCGGCGGCGGCGGCGGCGGCGGCCGGGAGGAUGGGCGAGCGCUGUUGUGCGGCGGUGCUGCGGGUGCUGGUGCUGCUGCAGGCGGCCUGGGCGCUGGCGGGCGGGCAGGUGCGCUACUCGGUGCCGGAGGAAGCCAAGGCCGGCACGGUGGUGGGCCGUCUGGCGCAGGACCUGGGCCUGGAGGCGGGCGAGGCGGAGGCGCGGCGGCUGCGGCUGGUGGCGCAGGGCCGGCGGGCGAGCGUGGAGGUGAGCGGGGCGAGCGGCGCGCUGCUGGUGAGCUCGCGGCUCGACCGGGAGGAGCUGUGCGGCAAGAGCGCGCCGUGCGCGCUGCGCCUGGAGGUGCUGCUGGAGCGGCCGCUGCGCGUCUUCCAUGUGCAGCUGGAGGUCACCGACAUCAACGACAAUGCCCCCGUCUUCCCCGCCGCCCGCAAAAACCUCAGCAUCGCGGAAUUCACCACUCUGCCGGGGUCUCGUUUCCCGCUGGAGGGCGCGUCGGAUGCGGAUAUCGGAGCGAAUGCGCAGCUCUCCUAUACACUCAGUCCCAGCGAGCAUUUUAGAAUAGAGGAAGAAAACAGUAACUCUCGGAGUAAAUCCCUGUUUCUGGUACUCGCAAAGUCUUUAGACCGCGAGGCGAUUCCCGUGCACCGGUUGGUGCUGACAGCGAGUGACGGGGGCCGGCCGUCUCUGACGGGCACCAUGGAGCUGGUGAUCCUGGUGGUGGAUGCGAAUGACAACGCGCCCCAGUUCAACCAGUCGGUGUAUAAUGUACAUUUGUCUGAGGACGCUAUACAAGGCACGCUCGUGGCACAGAUGAACGCCACGGACCUGGACGAAGGAAGUAACAGAGAUGUGAAAUAUGAAAUCGAUACUGUUGUUCCCCCCUCUUCCUCAGAUUUAUUCAGCAUUGAUGAUAACACUGGGGAGAUCAGACUGACGGGCGCCCUGGACUUCGAGGUAGUUAAUUUAUACGACCUAAAUGUCAAGGCGACAGAUAAAGGGACGCCCUCGCUGUCGGGUCACUGCAAGGUGGUGCUGGAGGUGCUGGACGUGAACGACAACGCGCCGGAGGUUCUUGCGAGUUACCAGACGGCGUAA